CACCGUCUCCAGUCGAUCCUCAGCUCCUUAGCUCUCCGGUCGGAUUCAAAACUCUCUCUCUUUAACUUUCUGCUCCCUGUCUGUCCAUUUCUUUUAUCUCUUUCAAACACUCGCCGAAAAGAAGAAAACAAAUUCUUCUUCUUCUUAUUUUUGAUCCAAGUGAGUUUCACAUCGUCGUCGUCUAGAAAAAGAAAAGGAAGAAAAAGUGGAAAUAUAACGUUCAGCAGUUUUCUGAUUGAUCGCCGCUCUUGAACGAGACAAAUUUGCAUCCAUUUCAACAAAGAAGGAGGAGUCGAGAGAUCAUCUUUUGCUCUUCGUUGUUUGAAAAUAUUGGCCAAAAGAUUUUUAUUUUUUUCGCCAGCGCGGGGAAAAAAAAGGCCAAUCAAGCGGAUGAUCAUGCCGGUCACGGCGGUGAAACAUUCGACGCAAGCCGCUCUCUUCACGCUGGCGGGAGUUUUCCUACCGAACCGUUUCUCCAAUUAAAUUUCCGAUCGAUGUUGAGAAGAUGAUACACUAAGUGGGACCACUCCAGUCUCUCUCCACCGUCAUCAAUCUCUUUCACGCUCCCUGCAAUCUAUACACGAGGAUCUCGGCCAGUCAGAGGAGGACAUCCCUCCCAUAUCUCCUAGCUGCUGCUGGCCCGACAGCACAAAACUAUUUUCCAUCUAUUCUAAACGCUGUUGAUCGGGGGACGAAAAGAAAGAAAUGGACAGUGCGCCGCCACUGACGUCAUGGACGAACGUGACGGAAAACGGCGGUGGAAACGUCACGUCCGAGAUGGGCGACGACGACAGUUGCCUGGAACGGACUUGGUUCAACAGCGACCAGUUGGCCGGCGAACUCAACUUGUGUCCCAGCCCCAGCAAUUCCACCGAAGAUGAUUUCAACACGUUUUAUUUCUAUCAGACGGAGCAGUUGGCCUUCCUGUGGAUUCUACUGAUCCUCAUCGUCGUCGGCAACAUGGCCGUCCUGGUGGCCUUGAGCAUGUCCAGCGCGCGCAAGUCACGCAUGAACUACUUCAUCAAACACCUCGCCAUCGCCGAUUUAAGCGUCGGCGUCAUCAGCGUCCUGACGGACAUCGUGUGGAAGAUCACCGUCGCCUGGCACGCGGGAAACAUCGCCUGCAAAGUCAUCCGCUUCUCGCAGGUUCUCGUCACGUAUUCGUCGACGUACGUCCUGGUGGCGCUCAGCAUCGACCGCUACGACGCCAUCUGCCAUCCCAUGAAUUUCAGCAGAGGAUGGAGGAGAGCCAGGAUUUUGGUGUCGGUCGCUUGGAUCCUGAGCGCCAUCUUCUCGUCGCCCAUGCUGGUCCUUUACGAGCAAGGUCUGGUCCAGGGCCAGGUCCAGUGCUGGAUCGACUUCACAGCUCCCUGGCAGUGGCAGCUCUACCUGACGCUGGUGGCCGUCUCCUUGCUCGUCUUGCCCGCCCUACUCAUCUUCGCCUGUUACAUUGUCAUCGUCAGAACCAUCUGGGUCCAGUCGGCAGCCCUGACGUCAUCCAUGCCGUCGGCCAAUCGAAACAACAACAACACGGCCGGUAUUAAUCGAGCGGGCGGGAGCGCCGGGACGGCCAUGCUGGACGAGGAUCAGGAGAGCCGGAGGGCAAGUUCCCGCGGCAUCAUCCCACGCGCCAAAAUCAAAACAGUUAAAAUGACAUUUGUCAUCGUCUUUGUGUUUAUCUUGUGCUGGGCUCCGUACAUCGUCUUCGACCUGCUUCAAGUCUACGGGCACAUCCCCAAAUCCAAGACGAUGAUCGCCGUGGCGACUUUCAUUCAAAGUUUGGCGCCACUCAAUUCGGCCGCCAAUCCGCUCAUCUACUGCCUAUUCUCCACGCACCUCUGCCGCAAUCUCAGAAAGAUCCCGGCACUAGAGUGGCUGGCCGUCAAACUCGAGUUGGCUGUCCAUUCAAUCGGACUGUGCCCCGAAUGGAAUUGCUGCGCUCCGGACGGCUCCAACUCGGUGGACCAUCCGUCGCUGCAGAACCGGACGACAUCUCGAGGUGGCACGACGGCCGGCGCCGGCCGGCCCAACCAUCGCAGCAAUCACAGCCGCCACACGACGCAGAACCAGUUCCGUAACGGCGGCGGCGGCGGCGGCAAUUUCCACCGGCUGGCCAACAACAACAGCAGCUCAACGGCCACCACCAGCAGCAACACGCUGACGACGACCACGUCAAACGCGUCACAAGUCGUCGGCGGAAGUGGAUCGCACGUCGUCAAAGACUCGGCGGCGACGGCGGCAAGUAAAAAGCGCAACCCGACCACCACCAGGCGGCUGUCGUCAUCGUCGUCCAACACGGAAGUCGUGGCCGUCGUCCCUCGGCCGGUCGUCAACGAGCCGAUUCCGGCCGCCCCCAGUCGCAACAGUCAGUGGGUUUAAUCAAAACAUCCGCCCACCCCCUACACCCCAUUGCCUCCCGCUGGCUGAAAAUAAGGAAAUAUAGUGCGCCAUUUCUCCUUACAGGGUUCUCUGUCAUCCUUUUUGAUCAUUUCAUCUCAUAAUUCGACCGCGGGACUCACGUUCUGAUGCGACUUUUUUUUCGGUUCUAUAUAUGAAAUGGAGCGAACAAAGUUGAUCCGAUUCCGCCCGCUCCCGAUCCCCGUGAACGAAUGCGGCCGUUGACAACCAAGUCACGAUUCAAACUGAAAUUACCCCCCCCCCCCGCUCUCUCUUCCAACUAACCGACCGCGCACAAUAUGAUCUAAUAAUAAUAUGUACAUCAUUACAUAUAUUCUGGAUACGUACGUCUAUGAUGGCAUCCGGUUUAGUGGAGGGGCGGGGCCAUUAACCCAAAUUGUCUCAACUCCCCCACAGAAGAAGAAAAAAUAUUUCGCAGUUAUAAAUUGUCAAUGUUUGUUCACCCCUAAACUAUACUCCUAUUCUACUGCCCAAUGAUUGUAAUAACAACAUGUAUAAAUUAUUAUAUGCCUCUUAUGUUUAAUGAACGUCAGCCGCCAGGACCAUGAAAAAUAUCCAAUCCCUUUGCUGAUGGUUGACAUGUAAUGACACAUCCGCCAAGUUCCUUUUCUUUUCUUUUUCUUUUUACUCCGCAUCAUUUCACGUGGCUAGUCGUUGCCGCUGACCACCACCACCAUCACCGCACCCAAAAUAAAAAGCGACAAAAGACCCCC